AUGGUUUGGGGAUACCAUGCUGCAGAGCCCAACUCCUACCUCGUCAUCACUGGCGCAGGUGUCAAGGGAUUGAAGCUCACCAAAAAGGCUAUGGUCCUGCCUUUCCAGAAGGUCACCAAAAUAUCCGUCACUCCUUUCCACUUCACAACCGACCUGCAGGCCAUGACAUCUGAGAAGCUGCAAGUCUGUCUGCCAGCCGUCUUCACCAUUGGUCCCAAGGAUGAUCAAGAAUCACUCAUGAGGUAUGCCGGCUUGAUGACAGACAGCACCUCGGACGCUGGCGUUGCCAGCCGCCAGCACAUUCAAGACAUCAUCAUGGGCAUCGUCGAAGGCGAGACCAGAUCCGUCGUCUCCAACAUUACCAUGAAGGAGCUCUUCGAGAAGCGCAGCCUCUACCGAACAAAGGUCGUCGAGCACGUCCAAACCGAACUUACACAGUUUGGGCUCCAUAUCUACAAUGCCAGUAUCAAGGAACUCCGCGAUAUGGUUGGAUCGCACUACUUCGAGUUCCAGUCCAAGAAAGCACACGAAGGUGCUCAGAAUCAAGCCAAAGUCGAUGUGGCACAUGCCCGUAUGCUAGGUGAAAUCGGAGAAGCCGAAAACCUAGGCCGCACCAAACAGGAAAUCGCAAAGAUCAAUGCCAACACCGCCGUCCAAGAAACCGAGCGCAAGAUCGAAAAGGCAAUGGCAGAUUCCCGCUUCAAAUCCCAGGAAAUCGACAUUGAGAGAAAACUAAACAUCGAGCGUAUCCAAGCCGAACGCGCCGCCGAGCUCAGAGAUGCAGACCUUCAAAAGGGCGUGCAAGAAAGCAAAGCCUUGAUGGAACUCGAGCGCAUGAGAGCAACCACCGUGACAAAAGCCAAAGUAGCAAAGGAAUCANGCAGCUCAAGAAGCAGAUGCACAACUCUACAAGGCCCGUCAAGCCGCAGAAGCGAACGCAUUCCAGCAAUCAAAAACCGCCGACGUCGAACUCUACACCACCGAAAAGCAAGCAGCAGGCCACUUUCACAAAAAACAACGCGAGACAGAAGCAAAGUUCNNCUCCAAGACAGCAAAGCCGCAGACGCCUCUCUGUACCGCAAACAACAAGACGCCCUCGGUGACCUCGAAAGCAGAAAGGCACAAGCGACCGGCGACCUCGAGAUCCAAAAGGCGCAAGCAGCAGGUGACUUUGAGAUCCAAAAGGCUCAAGCAGAAGCCCUCUACAUCCGCCACGAGCGCGAAGCAGCAGGAAUCAUCCAACUCGCCACCGCCUACGAAAAACUCGGCAAUGUGCUGGGAGGCCCUCAAGGCGUGCGCGACUGGAUGAUGCUCCAAAACAACAUUCCCGUACAACUCGCAAAGGCAAAUGCCGAAGCCAUCAGAGGUUUGCAGCCAAAGAUCAAUGUCUGGACUACGGGCUCGCAGGAAGGUGCUGCUGCAGAUUCCUUUGCGCCCAUCAAGAAUAUCAUGCAGAGUUUGCCUCCGCUGUUUUCGACGAUUCAGGAUCAGACGGGUAUGAUGCCGCCGGCUUGGUUGGCGCAGAUGCCUAAUGGACAUGGCCGAACGGACUCUGCUCACGACCUUCCAAAUGCUCUACAGAAGCACAAGGGUAUCAAUGGUUCUUAA